AUGGAGAAACCAUGGGAAUGUGAGGACUGUGGGAAAGGAUUCCAUUCUCUGUCAACAUUGGAGUUUCAUCGACGUGGUCAUAGCAGGGAGAGGCCGUUGACCUGUUCUGAGUGUGGAGACACAUUCCCUGAUCCGUCUGCUCUGCGGAAACACCAGCAUGCUGCUACUGGAGAGAGGCCAUUCACCUGCUCUGAGUGUGAGAAGAAAUUCCAUGAAUAUUUCACCCUUUUGAGACACCAGCAAGUUCACACAGGGAAGAGGUCAUCCACGUGCUUGGAGUGUGGGAAAGUAUUCAAUCAGUUAUCCAACCUACGUGCACACGAGCGAGUUCACACUGGGGAGAGGCCAUUUACAUGCUCUGAUUGUGGAAAAGAAUUCACUCAGUCAUCAACUUUGGUGAGACAUCAGCGAAUCCACACAGGAGAGAGGCCAUUCAAAUGCUCCAAGUGUGGGAAGCGGUUCAGAGAUUCAUCUGCGCUGCAGAAACACCACCAUGUUCAUACUGGGGAGAAGCCAUUCAUCUGUUCCAAAUGUGGGAAAGGAUUCACUCAGUCAUCCAGUCUGUGGAAGCAUAAGAAAGUUCAUAAAUGA